UGCACUUUCUGUAACUUCUACAGAAAACACGACUGACUGCUGAUGGGUGAGGAUAAAUAGUCCCACGGUGGGCUCACCGUGGGACUGGCCUGGACCAGCCUCAGAUUCCCACGACCCCUCCUCUCCACACACACAGAGGAGCAAGCAGGCUGCAGAGGCGCACAGGCGGACAGCGCGCAGACAGAGAGGCAGAGCAGCGCUGCACCACUUUUUUCCUCUUAUUUACUAUAAAAGCUACAUUUCAGGCUCCGCUGUUGCGCAUUGCACUGACUCACACUGUGCAGAGAGGAGGGUUAAAAAAAAAAAAAACCCACCUAAAACAAAAACGUCCAGAUCUUAGGAGGAAAUGAGAGAAAGAGUGGAUUAGCCGCGGAUCAAGAGUGGAGGAGUGGGAGGAAUAACGAAACUCGGGAUUAUGUAUUCUGAUAAUGCCGAGGAGCCGGUUUCUGCUUCAGAUUCACAUCCAAAACAAGUCUGAGGAUGACGGCUGCCAGUCCACCCUGCAGCCCUGCCUCCUCCCACUCCUCACCCGUCUGCCUCCCGGCCUGCCACAAACACCUGAAGAAAGGAGCAGCACUCCAGACCAAGCUGCGUCUGGGCUCCCCCCCGGGCGUGUGGCUCAUGCUGGGCGCAAUGGUGGUGCUGGUGGGGAUGAGCGUGGCGGUGGCGGGCUACGUCUCCGCCGCACCGAGGCCGGCCGUGGGCGGACGUGGGAGCACCCACGUUGAGAGGAUGAAGCUGGCCGGGCCGGUGGUCAUGGGAGUGGGGCUCUUCAUCUUCAUCUGCGCCGCCACGUUGCUGUACGAGAACCGGGACCGAGAGAGUCUUGUUCGAGACCCUCUGAACGACCUGGAGGACCUGAAGGGGAGCAGCUGCUGGGAGGAUACUCAGGAGCAGUGGGAGCACUCGGAUGAGGAGCAGUCAGCGUGGGCCAGCCCGGUCCACGUUCUGCCUCUCGCCAGCAGUGACUCUCCUCCUCCUGAUGCAGGAGGUGCAGCUAAUGAGGAGGGAGACCAAGAGCAAAAGGAGGAGGAGGAAGAGGAGGAGAAGGGAAAGUUGAUACUGCUCACCCAAGUUCUGCACCACCAGGCGCCCAAUCCUCACCCAUCCUCACCCUGCCUGUCCGCUUCUUCUGACCCGGUUCACUCAGAUUCAAGCAACUCGAGUGAAAUCGACUUUAAUGACCGGACAGAGUCUUUAGAGCUGCCCCAGGACUGACGCUCCGCCUUGCACAACCACCGGACUAUGCACUGCUCAGUGAAGAAGAGCUUAAGAUUUGUUUGUAUGUUAUAGUGCCUCUGAGUGGCACACUGAGUCACUGUCUCUGAAGGGUGUUUUUGUCCUACAUUGCUCACUGACUCAUCCACAUUUGAAAAAUUUUAAGCUGCGCUGUUUGAUGUCAACUCGCCAUCUUGUCUUACAGCUCCGCCCAGCUACCCAUAAAACUCCACUUCUGGAGUGACCAAACAUGGACCUGCUGUAAAAGUUAUUUGGGUGCCAACGUGGGUGAUAAAUGCUUCCUCUCACACUCAUCCUCUCCCCAGAGGUGGACUUUUCCUUUCUUAAGAGGUUCACUAAAGAGGAUGAGCCAGAUUAGGUCCUGAAUGAGUCUUUAUCUUAUCUCACGUGCAGUAUAAUCUUCUCUUUAUCUCGGGGAAAGUUGUGUUUUGGUGUAAACAAGAGCAGCACUAAAGCCGCACUCCUCUCACUCGACUCCUACAGCCAUGCUAUUAAUACCAGCUGGUGCUCGAUUGCAAGAUUCGGAUUUCUUACUGUAAAUUUCAACAGUUUCUUUGGAUUCCCACAUUCAGCUGUUCACAUUCCUCCCCUUCCUUUAGUGCGGCGUCGAGAGAUCUGAGAGAAUCUGAGAGUGGACGAGCAGAAACGAGUAACAGCAUUUAAAAACACAAAUUCUGGUGAGGCUGCGAUGAGUUAUUCUUGACGUAACUGAGAAAAAUCACUCCUGUCGGUUUGAGUAAGUGAUGCCUCACUCUCCCACCAUCGCGACCUCUCAUCUCCCAUCUCUUCAUCACCUCGUUUCCUACGCUUUAUUCAAAUUUUCAUUACUCUAUCUCAAUUCUUGGCUUGUGCACAACUGAAAAAAGAGCACAAAAAGUAAAUAAAGCACAAGAAAACAUUUGCAAGUACAAUUAAAGGGAUGUUUCAGAAUAAGAUUCUGUUGUAAGGAGUUAAUAUUAUCUCUUAUCCCAUCUUUAACUCUUUGAAUUAGUUGAGCUUCGACAGUGAAGAUACCAGAUAGUCUAAGAGGGAGAUCAAGACCAAAGUGGACUUCUGUCAUCUUAAAACACCCAACCUCAAAAAAAAACAUCAUAGCGGUAGAAAAAAAAAAACAAUAUUUGAUUGAUUUUUAUAAAA